UUGACUAAUUUCUCCAAAGCAACCACCGGAGCGAAGACUCGUCCCUGAACCCUAAUUCGCCGCACGCUCCACCGCCAUCAACUUCUCCGACGACAUGGCCAGACGCAACGACAGACUACCUCCACCGGAAAAUCCAAACACCGAUUACCGGUUAAAGUGGAGAAGACCUCAUCGUUCGGGACCAUCAGAUGCUCACUUUAAACGGCGCCGGUUGGCGCCGAAGUCGGAAACUUCGAACGGAACCCACAAACCUCACCGGUUGAACCGGUUUCAAGCCUUUAGUUCUUCGUCCCAAAAUCGUAGAAAGAAGAGAAGAGUUGGAAAAUCCGGCGGCAGCAGCAGCCGCGGAGCGUGUUCCCGAAGAUGGGUUUUUUCUUCCGCAGAUUGUUCCAACUGCAAUGAUAAGGUUACUAUAGUUUCAUACAACAUACUCGGUGUUGAAAAUGCGUCAAAGCAUCUGGAUUUGUAUGCGAAUACUCCACGUAGUUUCUUGGAGUGGGAGAGGCGGAAAAGGCUCAUAUUUGAAGAGAUCAAUACCUACAAUGCAAGCGUGUUGUGUUUCCAGGAGGUUGAUCAUUUCAAUGACCUGGAUAAUCUAUUCCAAAACAAUGGCUUCAAAGGUGUUUAUAAGGCUCGCACAGGGGAUGCGCAUGAUGGUUGUGCUUUAUUCUGGAAAGACAAAUUAUUCACUCUUUUGCAUCAAGAAGAUAUAGAGUUCCAAAGAUUUGGUCUCCGUAACAAUGUUGCUCAGCUUUGCGUUUUGGAGGCACGAAAUGAUAAACCAGAAUCCGAAACAUCUGGACUAACAACAGUGACAUCAUCUACCCAAAGAAAAAGAUUUGUAAUAGGAAAUAUACAUGUGCUCUUCAACCCAAAUCGUGGAGACAUCAAACUUGGCCAGGUCAGACUUUUACUUGAUAAAGCUUACAAGUUAUCAGAAGAAUGGGGUAGUAUCCCUGUUAUUAUUGCUGGGGAUUUAAAUAGUCUUCCACAGAGUGCAAUAUAUGAAUUCCUGGCUUCUUCCAAGCUAGACAUCCAAUUGCAUAAUCGCAAAAAUAUGUCCGGACAACUUGAAAUACAGUCCAAUAGCAGAGUUUUCAGAUCACAGAUUGGUUAUGAAGCGAGCAUUUCAAUAUCCCGUUCAAGGCAAUUUCUUCAUGGAUGGACCAUGGAAGAGCUAAACCUUGCAGCUGGCGCAAUUGGAGUCACCAAUCUUCAGCAUCAUCUAAACCUCCGCAGUGCUUACAGUGGUGUUCCUGGAAACCAUGGUACAAGAGAUGAUAUUGGGGAGCCCUUGGCAACAUCAUACCACUCCAAGUUCAUGGGAACUGUUGAUUAUAUUUGGCAUUCGGAGGAACUCACUCCAGUAAGAGUUCUUGAAACCUUGCCCAUUGAUAUUCUUAGAAGAACUGGAGGACUCCCCAGCGAGCAAUGGGGAAGUGACCACCUUGCUCUUGUAUGCGAAUUAGCUUUUGCAAAUAAUGGGACGGUGUCAUGAUUGUUUCAAUCUGCAACUCUAACCGUUCGGCGUUCCCUGGAUAUGUGGGGUCCAUCCGAGCUUAAAAAGCUUAUUAACAAGGGUGGAGCUUGAGGGAGCCAAAGCAUUACAGCGCAUCUCGUUAAAUCCUACAGUUGAUGUCUGCUCUCUUCCUCCUCGGACAUCCCUUGCGCGGCACAGUUAUUUCAUCACAAAGAAGCAUAUCAUUAAGUAGGAUUGUGAAUUGCACCUGAUGAUUGGAAGUAAAUAUCAUGUCACAAACGAGCUGCAAACCCUCCUCACCAGCACCGAUGUUGCAUGCAAAUGCUUUCAGAUGCUUCAAGCAAUUUCUGCAUAGUGAAAGGGCUAGGUAUGCACUGGUUGAGUUUCAGAGAGUAUUCUAAUUGAGGGCCUCAUCACCCUUUUUUAGCUAUGAUUGUAGAACUCCAAUUCAAUACAAAUUAUGGCAUAAUGUUUAAACCUUCCUACAUUGCAACUCCUUGAUAUUAUGUUAAAAACAUCAGUUUUGUUAAGUCACAUCAUUCUUGUAAUUUUUUUUCUUUUGUUUGCUCAAGUUUCAUGGAACGGCCUAUAACACUA